AUGGCUGCUAGUAAUGGAUUUUGUACGGGUGCCUACUCAUUACAAUUACCUUACUUGGGUUCAAUUCAAUUAGGCAAAAGUCCACCGAAUCUAUAUGCACUACAAAAACCGCUACGUGAAUUAUAUAUACCGUAUCGUAGACGUCAUCAAGUUCCAUUAGAAGAACGUCGUAUUAUUAUAUCAACAACAGAUAUAAUUAUGUUUGAACCAGACGCCGCAUUAAAAGGAAAAAAAUUAAUUUAUUCCGAUAUUAAUUCAAUUGUAGAUGUACAAGCGUUAGGACUCUACAUGAAUAAACAAGCAUUAGUAGAAGAAAAAAAAUUUUCAAUGGCAUUUUUACCAAUUGGUUGUGAGAAUGAAUCUCGUUUUCAAUCAUUAUAUUCGACAAUUGAUAAAACACAAAAUCAAUUACUUAAUUUAAAUUGGCAUCCACCAAUAUGUUUAUUAAUAAUGAGAAAAAUUGGUACAACAUUGGGUAUAAGUUCAUUGGAUUGCCAUACAUUUCUAAUGUUAAAAGAAUCGAGAGCAUUUGAAUUUUGCGAUAUGAUUCGAAAACUGUUAUCAAAACGUUCACCAAGUCCAUUAUUAAAAACAACGUCAACAUUACUGAAAUUAGAACAUUUAAAUAAAAAUAAUAAUAAUGAUAAUAAUGAUCAACAAACAAGAAUUAAAACAAAAUAUCUCAAUCGACAUCGUCCUGUAUCAGCCAUGGAACAUAGUCAAGUAGAAAUAAACACAAAUUCCAAGAAUCGUCGUUCAGUCUCAAUUGCUUAUUCAAAUGAUAUUCGUUCAUCAUUGCCAUGUGAAGAACAACAAAAAAAAAGUAGUGGUAGUGAUGAUGUCACACAAAAAGCAUUAAAUAAUAAUCUAACAAAUACUGAAUCACAUUCUUCUUGUUCGUUGUUGUCAUCAUCAUCUCCCUUGCGCACUUUAAAUAUUAAACAACGUAGUAGCCGAAAUGAGGAAGAAAAAGAAUAUGAUGAACAAGAUCAAUUACAUAACAAUAACAAAGAAAGACAUUUUAUUAAAGCAUCAAAUAGCCUAACCAACGACGACGAUCAAGAUUUAGAGUCAAUUGAAGUUGUUAAUGAAUUAUUAAGUAUUUAUGCUGAAAAUUUAAAAAAUACAUUAAAAGAUGAACACUACCAACAACAACAACAACAACAUAUUCAACGACGUUCAUCAUUUAUAUCAUUAGAUCAACAAAAAUUAGAUCAAACAAAUCUACAAUCAAGUUUGAAUACAAUGAAAAAACGAAUUCAACAACAACAACAUCAACCGAGAACCGAUUCAUCUUCACGUCCUCGUUCAGCCAAUCGUCUAUUUGGUUUAGGUAAAAAACGUGUACGUUCACCUCAUUUACUGCCCACUAUAUUAUCCGCAACCAAUACACCUACUACUAUCCGAUCAUCAUCCACAUAUAUAGAAAAAAGUCCACCACCACUGCCACCUCCCAUUUCAUCUUUGAAAUCAAAUGGAAUUGAAAAUAGUGGACAUUUACUUCGACCACAACUUGUUCUCAAUCGAUAUGGUGACAUUGGAAACUAUGUACCAAAAUUAUUGAGAAACGAAAAUGGCCAUCUAUCUCAGCAACAUCAACAACAGCAAAAAUCAUCUACAUGGUUUAAAACGUUAAAAUCAGAUAGUAACGAUAAUAUUUUUUUUCGUGCAAAUAAUGGCCACAUUAUUAAUGGAUUUUUAAAUAUUGAUUUUGCCAACAAUAGUAAUAAUAAUCUCUAUUGUUCAUCACCAUGUUUAAAUCAACGAGACUAUAAUACUGAUAGAAUUACACCACACCAUAAUGGAUAUCAUAACGGCGGUAACAAUCUCAAACAACAACGUGCACAAACAGAUUUUAUAACACCACAGCAACAACAAUCAAAUGGUGUUGCUGCUACUCGAAUCAAACAAAACGACAAUUCUCAAUUUUCACCGUAUAAAAAAGAUCUGUCAAAUCCCAAACAUUCACAAUUACCCAUGUUAUCCAAUAAUUCCGUUGAUUAUGAAUAUGACGAUGGAUAUCCGCAGUAUCAACAUCGAAUACCACGAGCGGUAUUAGACACAAACACAAAUUUACAAAUAAAACUGAUGAAGAACGAUAAUAACAACGCCUAUGUGAUUAAUGGUCAAGCAAUGUCAUCAUUCGUGCAUGGAACUAUUGGUCCGAUUCGUAAUUCUUUCAGUGAUUAUAUUACUGACCCGCAACAACAACAACAUGAUUCAAAUCCCAAACAAGUGAUUGGUGGCAUUAAAGUAUUUCCUGGAGCUCCCAAUCGUUUACAUUUAAGACAUGUAGAUAUCAAUCGUACAUCUGAGCCGACUUCCUCGUCUUUCACAUUAAAAACGGCAAAUAACGGAAUAAAAAAACGUAUUCCAUCAUUUGAUCAUAAAAUUUUAGAUUAUCGACAACAUUUAAGACAUAUAAAUCGAGCUGACGAAUUGUAUGGUGCCGAACAGCAACAACAACAGUAUCAGUCUCAAAUAACAACAGCAAAUGGCCAUUCACAUCAACAAAAUGGUGUUAUCAAAAAUGGCUACCAUCAUCAGAACAAUUCGAAUCAUCGCAUAAAUAUGAUGAACGGAAGACUAAACGAACUUGAACACUCAUUAGGCUAUUUUCCUUAA